UUUAUACUUUGUCUGAACUUAUUAAAGAGUAGUCGCAAAUUUGAGUUAACUUAGCCGGGAUAAAGUUCAAAAAUGAAACAGAUCUUGAUACUUGUUGUUCUGAUGCCACUGGCAAUCUCUCAUCCGGGAUCCUUGAAUCAGAAGGAGUGGCACAGCUUUAAGCUACAGCAUGGCAAGAGUUACCGGGAUAAGACCGAGGAGCUCAUUCGCAAGGAGAUUUUCCAGGAGAACAAAGUCCGCAUCAAUAUGCACAACCACCGAUUCGCCAUGGGCCUGGAAAACUUCAAGCUGGCCAUAAAUCAGUUCACCGACAUGUACAACAAGGAGAUCAAUCAGAUGAUGAAUGCCUUUAACAUCGUCAAGAACCAGGAUAUGCGUGGCACCACCUUCAUCUCGCCUGAGUACUCCACCCUUCCUGAGUCCGUGGACUGGAGAUCCAAGGGCGCAGUGACCCCAGUGAGACAUCAGGGCUUUAAGUGCGGCAGCUGCUGGGCCCUUGUCACGGCAGCAGCAUUGGAAGGUCACCACUUCCGGAAGACGGGAAAACUCAUUCCGCUGUCUCCACAACAUCUCCUAGAUUGCUCUGACAGUUAUGGAAAUCAGGGUUGCAAAGGCGGUUGGAUGGCUGAAGCUGUAGCCUAUGUAAAGGAUAAUGGUGGCAUUGCCACGGAGUAUUCCUAUCCCUAUAAGGGUGUCCAAGGUGAAUGCAAAUCUCAGAACGCCACGAUCGGAGCCACUAGCUCGGGUUUUGUGAAAAUACCCCAUGGUGAUGAGAAGAAACUAGCCGAGGCUGUGGCUUUCUUUGGUCCAGUAUAUGUCAGCAUUGAUGGCUCCCACGACUCCUUCCAUUCGUACUCCUCGGAUGUUUACCGAGAGCCGAAAUGCAGUCCCCGGAAUAAUAGCCAUGCUGCCCUUGUCGUUGGAUAUGGAACGGAUUCGAAUGGUACGGAUUACUGGUUGGUGAAGAACUUUUGGGGCACCAGUUGGGGCAUCGAUGGUUACGUCAAGAUGUUGAGGAAUGCGAAUAAUCACUGCGGCAUCGCCUCCUUUGCCAGGUACCCACUGGUUUAGCGUAAGACUGUCCUUUAUUUAUUUUGGCCAAAAUGAAGCUAAACUACUAUAU